AUGGUUGAGAACCUUCCUCCUAACGCUCCAACCGCAAAUCUCCAAACGGUGGACCUUGAAAGACUUAUUGAACAAAGUGAAGAUGAGAUCAACAAACUUUUAAGAGCUUCCGUUCUUGACGGCUUCUUUUAUCUCGAUCUGCGUAGUAUUUCUGCCAAGAACGGUAUACUUGAACAUGUCAAUGAUAUUUUCACUCUUGAAGAGGAACUAUUUGGCCUUGACAAUAGUGAAAAGCUGAAAUAUGAUGUAGAUAAGAUGGGUGGAAAAUUUGGUAAGAUGAAAUUGAGUGGGUAUAAGCCCAUGGGACGCAACUUCGGCGGCAUUGGUGGUAAAUCUGAUGGUUUUGAAAGCUAUAGCAUCCCUAAAGAUGGUAUCCUUAACCUCGAAGAGACUGGGGAUUUUGUUCGGCCACCUCCUAUUGAUGCUCACAAAGAGUCGCUCGAAAAAUUCAUUGCCUUUGUGCAGCACGCCAGUCAAGCAAUUUACAAGGCUUUAUCGUCGGCUCUUUGCCUUGAUCCUUCAGAGGUAUUCGAAAAUUUUCAUCGACCAAAUAUGCAAUCUCCCGACUUGUUGCGUCUACUGAAAUACCAUCCUCAGCCUAUUACUGAACGCGGCGCUCCUCAGACUCCUCACACCGAUCUUGGUAGCCUAACUUUCCUAUUUACACGCCAGAACGGGCUACAAGUUCUCCCUCGAGGUGCACAAGAUUGGCUCUACGUGGCAUGCAAGCCUGGCCAUGCUGUUAUUAACCUUGGAGAUGGCAUGUCUCUCUUGUCUAAUGGGCUGUUGCAAUCUUGUCUUCAUAGGGUUGCCCCAUUACCGUCGGAAGCAUUCAAAACGCGCUAUUCUUUUGCUUACUUGCAACGUGCUGAGGAUGAUACCAUUAUGAGAGGCCUGAAAAGCCCUGUCAUUCCAAAGAGCGACCCUCAAGCACGGAGUCACACAAGUGCCGAAUGGUUAGUCAAGAAAUUUGGAAUGCUACGAGGGGCCACAUAUAGCAAGGAGGAAAGCUGGGUUUUGACAGGCGUCAAGCCCCAACAGCUGAUUACGACUCAGUAA